GGUUGUUAGUCUACCAACCACUCAACUUUAUGCAUAACUUAUAAUCAGGAAGCGUGACCUUAAUGGUUUUUCUUCGCUUCCAUGACAGCCUGGCUGCAACCAUUCAUUAUUCACAUUCCAUGAGGCGUGGCCUCUGUUUUACCUGUUUUCGUUGUUACUGCCACAAUGCCCACCAGGUGGUACUGUUCCACUUCUAACCGAAUGAAUCGCAACCGGACCGGGAACUUUAUGCAUGAUUCAUAAGUAGGCGCGGCCCGCUUGCAUCCGGGUUUCUGGGGGUGGGGACCAAGGUUUUGUUCCGGCCCCAGGCUCAGCGGCAGCCAUCUUGUGUCGGCGGCUCGGCUGAAGGAGGUGGCAGGGACAACCACAGCCACAGCGGCCGGGGGAGGAGAAGGCGGCAGCGGCGAUUCUAGGCGGCCCAGGCGGCGGGGAGGAGGAGAAGGAGGAGGGUGGCGGCCGGGCUUGGCUUCGGCUCCUUGAGGAGUUGGCGGCGGCGCGACCCGGGGAACCGGCAUUGCUUCUCCAUGCUGCUAACCUGCCUCCUCUCACACCUCCAAGACUCCUCCCUCAAACCCUCUGGUUUGAGAAUAGAGAAUGCUUACGCUUGAAAAUCUUCAGUUUGGAGACUCAGGUUCUGUGCUCUGUGUUAUUUAUCAUCUCGAUAACCCCAUGGGGAAGAUGUCCAGCUCGCCGCUGUCCAAGAAACGUCGCGUGUCCGGGCCUGAUCCAAAGCCGGGUUCUAACUGCUCCCCUGCCCAGUCCGUGUUGUCCGAAGUGCCCUCGGUACCAACCAACGGAAUGGCCAAGAACGGCAGUGAAGCAGACAUAGACGAGGGCCUUUACUCCCGGCAGCUGUAUGUGUUGGGCCAUGAGGCAAUGAAGCGGCUCCAGACAUCCAGUGUCCUGGUAUCAGGCCUGCGGGGCCUGGGCGUGGAGAUCGCUAAGAACAUCAUCCUUGGUGGGGUCAAGGCUGUCACCCUACAUGACCAGGGCACUGCCCAGUGGGCUGAUCUUUCCUCCCAGUUCUACCUGCGGGAGGAGGACAUCGGUAAAAACCGGGCCCAGGUAUCACAGCCCCGCCUUGCUGAGCUCAACAGCUAUGUGCCUGUCACUGCCUACACUGGACCCCUCGUUGAGGACUUCCUUAGUAGUUUCCAGGUGGUGGUGCUCACCAACACACCCCUGGAGGACCAGCUGCGAGUGGGUGAGUUCUGUCACAGCCGUGGCAUCAAGCUGGUGGUGGCAGACACAAGGGGCCUGUUUGGGCAGCUCUUCUGUGACUUUGGAGAGGAAAUGAUCCUCACAGAUUCCAACGGGGAGCAGCCGCUCAGUGCUAUGGUUUCUAUGGUUACCAAGGACAACCCUGGUGUGGUUACCUGCCUGGAUGAGGCCCGACACGGGUUUGAAAGUGGGGACUUUGUCUCCUUUUCAGAAGUACAGGGCAUGGUUGAACUCAACGGAAAUCAGCCCAUGGAGAUCAAAGUCCUGGGUCCUUAUACCUUUAGCAUCUGUGACACCUCCAACUUCUCCGACUAUAUCCGUGGAGGCAUCGUCAGUCAGGUCAAAGUACCUAAGAAGAUUAGCUUUAAAUCCUUGGUGGCCUCACUGGCAGAACCUGACUUUGUGAUGACGGACUUCGCCAAGUUUUCUCACCCUGCCCAGUUGCACAUUGGCUUCCAGGCCCUGCACCACUUCUGUGCUCAGCAUGGCCGGCCACCUCGGCCCCGCAAUGAGGAGGAUGCAACAGAACUGGUGGCCUUAGCACAGGCUGUGAAUGCUCGAGCCCUGCCGGCAGUGCAGCAAGAGAACCUGGACGAGGACCUCAUCCGGAAGUUGGCAUAUGUGGCUGCUGGGGAUCUGGCACCCAUAAAUGCCUUCAUUGGGGGCCUGGCUGCCCAGGAAGUCAUGAAGGCCUGCUCCGGGAAGUUCAUGCCCAUCAUGCAGUGGCUAUACUUUGAUGCCCUUGAGUGUCUCCCUGAGGACAAAGAGGCCCUCACGGAGGACAAGUGCCUCCCACGCCAGAACCGUUAUGAUGGGCAAGUGGCUGUGUUUGGCUCAGACCUGCAAGAGAAGCUGGGCAAGCAGAAGUAUUUCCUGGUGGGUGCGGGGGCCAUUGGCUGUGAGCUGCUCAAGAACUUUGCCAUGAUUGGGCUGGGCUGCAGGGAGGGUGGAGAAAUCGUCGUUACAGACAUGGACACCAUUGAGAAGUCAAAUCUGAAUCGACAGUUUCUUUUCCGGCCCUGGGAUGUCACGAAGUUAAAGUCUGACACGGCCGCUGCAGCUGUGCGCCAGAUGAAUCCACAUAUCCGGGUGACAAGCCACCAGAACCGUGUGGGUCCUGACACAGAGCGCAUCUAUGAUGACGAUUUUUUCCAAAACCUAGAUGGCGUGGCCAAUGCCCUGGACAACGUGGAUGCCCGCAUGUACAUGGACCGCCGCUGCGUCUACUACCGGAAGCCACUGCUGGAGUCAGGCACACUGGGCACCAAAGGCAACGUGCAGGUGGUGAUCCCCUUCCUGACAGAGUCGUACAGUUCCAGCCAGGACCCACCUGAGAAGUCCAUCCCCAUCUGUACCCUGAAGAACUUCCCUAAUGCCAUCGAGCACACCCUGCAGUGGGCUCGGGAUGAGUUUGAAGGCCUCUUCAAGCAGCCAGCAGAAAAUGUCAACCAGUACCUCACAGACCCCAAGUUUGUGGAGCGAACACUACGGUUGGCAGGCACCCAGCCCUUGGAGGUGCUGGAGGCUGUGCAGCGCAGCCUGGUGCUGCAGCGACCACAGACCUGGGCUGACUGCGUGACCUGGGCCUGCCACCACUGGCACACCCAGUACUCAAACAACAUCCGGCAGCUGCUGCACAACUUCCCUCCUGACCAGCUCACAAGCUCAGGAGCCCCUUUCUGGUCUGGGCCCAAACGCUGUCCACACCCGCUCACCUUUGAUGUCAACAACCCCCUGCAUCUGGACUAUGUGAUGGCUGCUGCCAACCUGUUUGCCCAGACCUACGGGCUGACAGGCUCUCAGGACCGAGCUGCUGUGGCCACACUCCUGCAGUCUGUGCGGGUCCCCGAAUUCACCCCCAAGUCUGGCGUCAAGAUCCAUGUUUCUGACCAGGAGCUGCAGAGCGCCAAUGCCUCUGUUGAUGACAGUCGUCUAGAGGAGCUCAAAGCUACUCUGCCCAGCCCAGACAAGCUCCCUGGAUUCAAGAUGUACCCCAUUGACUUUGAGAAGGAUGAUGACAGCAACUUUCAUAUGGAUUUCAUCGUGGCUGCAUCCAACCUCCGGGCAGAAAACUAUGACAUUCCUCCUGCAGACCGGCACAAGAGCAAGCUGAUUGCGGGGAAGAUCAUCCCAGCCAUUGCCACGACCACAGCAGCCGUGGUUGGCCUUGUGUGUCUGGAGCUGUACAAGGUUGUGCAGGGGCACCGACAGCUUGACUCCUACAAGAAUGGUUUCCUCAACUUGGCCCUGCCUUUCUUCGGUUUCUCUGAACCCCUUGCCGCACCACGUCACCAGUACUAUAACCAAGAAUGGACAUUGUGGGAUCGCUUUGAGGUACAAGGACUGCAGCCUAAUGGUGACGAGAUGACCCUCAAACAGUUUCUCGACUACUUUAAGACAGAGCACAAAUUAGAGAUCACCAUGCUGUCCCAGGGCGUGUCCAUGCUCUAUUCCUUCUUCAUGCCAGCUGCCAAGCUCAAGGAACGGUUGGAUCAGCCGAUGACAGAGAUUGUGAGCCGUGUGUCGAAGCGAAAACUGGGCCGCCACGUGCGGGCGCUGGUGCUUGAGCUGUGCUGUAACGACGAGAGUGGCGAGGAUGUCGAGGUUCCCUAUGUCCGAUACACCAUCCGCUGACCCCCGUCUGCUCCUCUAGGCCGGCCCCUGUCCAUCCCUCUCCACGCCCCUUCCAGCCCAGGGUUCCCAUUUGGCUUCUGGCAGUGGCCCAGCUAGCCAAGUCUGGUGUUCCCUCAUCAUCCCCCUACCUGAACUCCUCUUGCCACUGCCUUCUACCUUGUUUGAAACCUGAAUCCUAAUAAAGAAUUAAUAACUCCCA